UAGUUUUUCCUCCCAGGUUUUUCUUCGCGUCUUGCACAGUCAGCGCUGCGCGCAAUUCUGUUCGUUUUGAAGCGAAAAUUUAACUUUUAUUCCCGUUAUUUUUCAAUAUAAUAUUGUAAAUAGUUCGCCAAUUGUAUAUAGAAGUGGAAACAACAAAAAACAAAGACCGCCGACCGAGUGCACCAACAGCAGAAAGUGUACGCCGACAAAGCCAUCACCGAGAUCACCGAUUACUUCUUCUCGCUGCACAACGUGCUCCAAUCGGCCGAACAGGAGCUACUGGUUUCCGUUCGGAAUCACUAUCUCAAGUUUCGCGCGGAAACGGAAAACGUCCAGAAGGAACUGGCCAUCUCCGAACGUAAUUUGACGCGUUCACUCGAGCAGUUCAAGACGUUUGAAAUUGCUGUUCCCAAGGCCACACUGCUGUCCGAUCUGAUCAAGGACAUGAAAAAAUCUCUACACACGGCACCCGUCACAGCGCACUUCCAAGAGCCAACGGAGAACCCAUUCCAAUUCCGGGAAUGUAAUCCGCUCCGAAAGGAGAUCCACAACUACUUUGCGCUCGAGGUCAAACCGACCAGCUACCGACCGAAGCUGGAGCCAUUCUACGCGCCGGAGCCCUUUCCUGUGCUGGAACCCAUAAAGUCGCCGGAGUUACCUCACUCACCCGAACCCGGCCCAACUCCUGGGAGUAGCAGGGCGGCAGAGGCGGAAUCAGAAACGCUUAAUAAAUCCACGGCGUCCUCGAGCCACACGGUGAAGGAUAUGGAAAUAAGCCGGAUUUCCGAAGAACCGGACAAUGCUUCCGAGCGGGAAGUGCCUCGGGAACAACAUACACACGGGUUCGUUAAAAAACCCAAGGAUAAAAAACAUAAGACCACGAAGGAUCGCCACCACGUACAUCGAUCGUCACGUGCGAGCCAGGACGAGGCGAGUAGCAACGUGUCGGUGUACGGCAAAGUUUCCAGCACGACAUCAAUGAGGGAAAAGUCGGCCAGCCCAGAUGUGGAAAUUAUUUCGAAUCGCUCCCAACGCUCUCCGUACAGUCGCCAAAGUAGCGGCCGUCACACGCCGCAAAGUGCACCGUCUUCUUCUAAACGAGCAUUCCAAGGUCGACUGAAGUCGCACGGCUCCGACCACAGCAGCUCAAACCAGCAAGCACCCGUACCGGUCCCACUGACCAUUGAUACCACCCGCGAGGGAACCAAACCCGUUUACGAGAUUAAUCCCAUCAAUCCGGACAAUGCCACAUUCAUCAAGUUCAGCCAGAAGGUCAAUGUCACCCACGUGAUUAACCCGCACAAAUUCUACGUCCAGAAUCAGGCCUUCAAGCAACUGGUCAACCAGCUGUGUCGGGAAGAUGGAGAGGACGCCGAAAUCCCCGAAGAGGUCAAAAUCGGGGCCCUGUAUCUGGCGCAGCCUACGUCCGAACGCCGCUGGUACCGGUCUCGUGUUCUCGGCUGGUCCAAGAAAUCCAAAAAGUACGAAGUCCUGUUUGUUGACUACGGCCGCACGGAUGAAAUCGCCCACGAAGGACUCCGGGUGUUGGGAUCGGAUCUACACGGUUUUGACGAUGGGGCGUACGAGUGCUCUCUGUAUGACAUCGUGCCGGCCGGUGGUGGCAAGAAGUGGGCUCCCGAGGUCAAGCAGAUCAUGAUCGAUUUCAUUGAGAACAAGCAGCUGAUCAUGUACGUAAUUCAGGCCGAAAAGGGGGCAACCGACCAAGUGGAUCUGAUUAUGCAAACCAUCGACAGUCCGAAGUCGCUGAGAGAAUCCCUGAUCUAUCUUGGCCUUGCCAAGCCAGACCCGAAACCUCCGAAGCGAAAUGAUGACGCAACGCAGCGUAUCAGUCACCUGCAGAAGGUCAAGAAACGCUGGAUUUUGGACUACAAACGACGCAUCGUCGCCCGAGAAUUGGAGAAGGAUGAUGUGUUUAAGACGAAGAUCACCUUCUCGGUGUCACCCAGCGAAUUCUUCAUUCGUCGAAGCAGUCUGCAGGAAGCGUACUGCAAAAUGCAAACAGAAUUGACCGAAUACUGCACCAAGGAAGCUCGGGUGGCUUAUUCGCCUCACGUCGGAAUGGUUUGCGCAUUUGCUGAGAAAGAUCGUGACGAUCUGCUGGUGUGGAAGCGAGGCCGAGUCGUCAAAGUGGGCGAAGGAAACUGUGAACUCUAUUCCGUUGAUACCGGCCACCGCCUGACGAUCUGCUGGCAAGACAUUCGUGAGCUGUCGAAGCCACUCUGUGCACCGUUUGAAUUUGCCGUCCGCUGUAAGCUGAUGCAUAUCCAACCUUUCAAGCAGCACAAGUACCGAUGGACCGACGAAGCCGUCCAAAGCUUCAACCGGAUUGCCGUUUCCUCGUCAGUUUUUCAGGUGAUUAUCGGAGAGCAGCAGGAUGACUGUUACGAUGUUGCGCUCUACAUUUUGAAACACCAUUCCGACACCUGCGUUAAUGCCCUAAUGGUUAAGAAUGGCUUCGCGGUCUCGACUGGGUCGGAAAGUUCCGUCGUGGAACGGCCCAAGGAAGUUGAAGAAGUGCCCUUCAACGUGACCCCUGGAAACGUCAGUGUCGGAGCUGCUUCCAAUAGCAAGAGCUCUACGUCGGAAAAGCGCCAGGCACGGGUUCGGGUAGACAUUCUCCGCGUGGUGACCCCGAACGAGUUCUACGUAAGCCUGGUGAAGAACACCAGUGGAAUUGCUCGCAUGCAGGAGGAAAUCCAGAACAAGAUGGACGAGAAAAUGGACGAUGGAGACGACAAAACCAGUUGGCAACAGGGCGAGAUCUGCUUGGUGUUCCCGACGCCGUCGAAGGGACGCGGCAAUGAAGCUAUCGGCUGCGAGUGGUACCGAGCUCGGGUGUUGGAGGUGGUCGACGACAGCAAUUACACCGUUUUCCUGAUCGACAAGGCGUACACCAUGAAUUCGCACUAUUCCAACAUGAGCACCAUUCCAACGGAGUUGAAGGAGUUGUCACAUGAGGUACAUCCAGCUGCCAUUCGGUGUUUCCUUGCUUGCAUUGGCCCCACCGGUCAGCAAAACGUUUGGAGUUCUUCGGUGGUCGAUGCCUUCAAGGUUGCCAUCGAGAAGUUCAAGUGCUACUCCAUUUCGCUGCAUGGCCGAAGUGUGAACGAUUCUCUCCCUGUGAUCCUUUGGGGCAUGACGAUGGAAAGUACCAAGGCCCUGUCGCCGCAGAUGUACACCUACACCAACAUCAACAACAAGCUGGUCCUGUACGGUUACGCACACCUCAAGGAAAAGUUCCAACCCCUGUCGUCGGCACUGUCGGUGGAGGAAGAGCUGGCACGGCACUACAAAGCCUUCGACAAGUUCAUCGAAGAUUUGGACGUCGAAAUGCGGGAUCCCGUGGAGGAGGCCAGCUACAGCGGAUCUUCGGAUGCGUAUCACUAUGAUAUAACUGACGAAGUGACACCCAUUGAUCAUUGGCUGCCGGCGAAACCGGUUGACAAGACCAUCUUUGUCGGUGUUCCAACGUACGUGGAUAACAACGCUGUAAUCUACCUGCAUGAUAUGGAUAAGGAACGUACGCUCGACACUAUCAAGAACGUUAUCAAUGCCAAAUUUGGUAACAGUCAACCGCUACCCAGUGACACCUUCUACGCCCCUGGUGAUCCCUGUAUGGCCAAGUACCACCUGGACGAUCUGUUCUACCGGGCGAUAGUACGGAAAAUGAUCAGUCCGUGCCGGUACAAGGUCCAGUUUGUCGACUAUGGAAACAUUGAGGAAUGCGACGUGAAAGACCUGAGGAAGAACGUAAUUUGUGGAAAGGUCCCCACCCUGGCCAACAAGUACCGACUGACGGAUGUGGCAUCGAAGCAGCACGAGGGAAUCUGGUCUAUUGAAGCCCUGGAUACGUUGCACGCGCUGAUCGUGGGCAAACAGUGUCAGGUUCGCGUCGAUACCGAGAUGGACACGGAUCCGGCCGGAGUGGUUCCAUGCUACCUAAAGACCACCGGCGAACUCGUGGUGGAAGUGUCGGAUUAUCUGGUGCGGCAAGGUCUAGCUGUCAAGGAACGCGGUGUAUUUGAGGAAAAAGUGGACGAGCUGUAUGACCCGUACAUGACGCUUGGAGGUGCUUGUAGCAGCGAAGCCGCUGCGUCGCCAAAAUCAGGGCGAAUGCGAAUCGGCGCCAAUUUCGGUUUGAAAGGUGAAACAGAUGAAGCGAGCAAAGACAAUGAACCCAACGUCGACUUGCACGCCCGUGUCAACCAGAAAGAGCUGACGGAUCUGCUGGACUAUGUGACCGCAGAGCAGAACCGCUCCGAUGCCGCCGAAUUCGAAGACGCCGAAGUGGACGAUUCCGGUGAAAAUGGCUCCGGCAUAGAUUUGAACAAGGUUCAAUACUUCUACAGCUAUGGUGACAUAAAGCUGGAACCCGGCUCGGAUUCCGAAGAAGGCGAGAUCAGCGAUGACGCCAAGAAGAGUGACGAAGCCGCCGAAGGCGAUGGCGCGACGGAUGCGUCUUCGACUAUUUCGUUCAAUCCGAAUGAAUUCGAUACAUCGACUCAGAUUGACCCGCCGCUGGAGAUGACCCGACCCACGUUACACGGAUACCCGGAAUUUGCGUUGGACGAAUCCGUGCACGGGUUCUACUGUGAAGUGACGAAUCUGGUAAGUCCUUUCUCGCUGUUCGUGUUUCCCCAGCUGGACGAUCAUAUCCAGCGCAUGAAGGAAACGAUGGCACGAAUUCAGUGCUACGCCAAAAAGAAUCGGAAAUGUCCCGAUAUCGAACCGAAAAUGCCCUGCCUGGCCGUGUUCAAGCAGGACGGCUUUUGGUACCGGGCUCUGAUCGAGGAGUACUUCCCGGACCGCGGCGAAGUUCGAGUUUUCUACGUCGACUAUCUGAACAAGGAAACGGUCAGCGUGCGGGACAUUCUCAAGUGCCCGGUUAGCCUCCGUAGGGUGCCGCUGCGUAAUGUGCAAAUUGAGCUGCACGCAUUGCAGGCCAACCCUCGGAUGCGCGAACCGGACGUUACCAGGAAGCUAGUCGAGCUGAUCGAAGGCAAAAAAUUGUACGCCAGGGUUGUAUCACGCAGCCCGAAGCUCGAGGUCGAACUGUUUAGUGAUUCCAGGUGUAAACAGUUAAUCUACCAUCAGAUGAUCAAGGAAAAAUAUUUUCUCCUAGAGAAAUAGGCUGAGGCUUUCGAAAAGCGAGGGGAGCACGUGUUAAUGUGGAAGCAAUCGGUUAAUUUAUUACGUGUGUUAGUGUGGAAAGAGAUAAUGAGAAAUAGUCCCUCUUUUAGUUUGUGUACUGAAAAAUGGCGAAACUGUAUAGUAUUAUUUUUCUAUACUUGAAAUGGAUAGCAAUGAAUGUAAAAAAUAAACUUGAAAAAACGUAUGUAAGCAA